AUGCCCAGAACCGAAGGCUCAAAAAACGAUCAAUCUGCAGAUAAGAAGAUAGUACAAAUACUAAAAAAAUGGCUAAAGAUGGGAUUGCCCCCUCAGAACGUACUUGUUGCCACCGGUGAUAACGGGUUUGCCGGUGUUUUCAAGUCACUGCGAGCCGCAGGGCACACGGUUAUAUUUGCGAGUCUCCAAGAUCCAGCAAAGACGAAAGUCUCCUCGGUGGCAUUAGAAGCCACAGCACUGUUGAGGUGGGUUUGGAAUGACCUUUUGGUAGCACCUAGGCAGAAGAGCAAUGCUGUAAAGAGGGCUCAGGAAGGUAGUGGAAUGGAGGGUAGUGGAAAACGUGUUUGCUAUGGAGGAAGAGGUGGUGGUCGUGGAGAAAGCUGCUACAAGUGUGGUGAGUCGGGACAUUUCGCCAGAGACUGCACUAGCGGUGGUGCUCGUUAA